GCUCGGUGUCACCGGCUUUAAUGAUAUCUUGUCGGUGUUAAUAGAAAAAAAUCUUAUUAAAAUAUAUCUCAGUUGUAUCAUACAAAAUCCUAAUAAUUAUUUUGAUGCAAAAUAUUCAAAAAUAUUUACAAAUUUAUAUAGAUGGUUGUGAUAAUUUUAUGAAAAGAAAGAAAAAGAAAAUUACAAUAAACCGUUAAAUACUAAAAAUGAAGUACUGACAAUCAGUAUUGAAAAUCUAUAGAAAUCUAUGUACAGUAUACGUGACGUAAAUUAUAGAUUUUCAGUAUUGGCGGAAUAUCAGAACGCAGCCGUAUAGUAAUGCUAAAGAAAACGACACGAAGAAAAUUCAAAAAUGUUUGAAAGUCAAAUGCAAUCUAAUUUUAUAUGUUUAUAGAAAAUAGAAAGAAAAAAAAAUAUAUAUAUAAAUAAAAUCAAUAUUACAUAAAACGUUUAUAAAAAAAUAAAAACAAAUCAAAACAAAAGUGAGAGCAGUAAAACUUUAAAUGGUUUAAAAUUUAAAUGACAAUGGCAAAGAUAUUAAAUUUAUUAAAGACGGUACGAAAUAAUUGGAAGAAGUCCGUGUUAGGAAUAGCAGCUUUCUCGUACGGAAUUUCGUAUGGCAAACAAACAUACGAUGUGGAACAAUUAAUGCGUCAGUAUUGUGAAGAUGUAGCGAGAUAUGGAGAUAUUUCUUGUCCCACAAAUGUCAGACCUCGUCAUGUAACUGUUAUUUUAAACCCAGCGGCUAAAAAAAGGAAGGCCAAAAAGUUAUUCGAGAAAUAUUGUGAGCCUCUAUUGCAUCUAGCUGGUAUUUCAAUAACUGUUGUUGAUAUACAAUCAGGAAGCCAUGCACGUAAUAUAAUAGCAAAUCUUGAAACUCCUACGGAUGCUAUUAUUGUAGCUGGAGGAGAUGGUACUUUGUCAGAUGUUACAACUGGUUUAAUGAGGAAAUAUGAGUAUAAUCUUCAAUCUGUCAGACAAUGUCCCAUUGGUGUUUUACCAUUGGGAAGCACAAAUACAAUUGCGAGCAUGUUUUAUCAAGGAUACAAAGAUUUAGCUGACAUACAUCACAUGAUUGAUGCAACAAUGGCAAUUAUCAAGAAUAAUCUCAAAACAAUAGAUGCUAUUGAAAUCAAACUGCUGGAAAACGAUCCAGAAAAUCCCAUAAAACCAAUUUAUGCUGUAGCAGGCAUAAAAUGGGGAGCUUGGAGCGAUACGCACGCACGUAUUGAUAAAUAUUGGUAUUGGGGCUCCUUGCGCAAGUAUGCAGCUUAUGUGUUCAGUGGUUACAAAUCAGAUUUAAAUUGGAAGUGCAAUGCAGUAAUGAAAUAUACCAAUCCUUGCAAAGGAUGUUCAUGUUGUUAUUCCAAAGAUUUGUCUUAUAAUCAAUCUACAAAUUUGAAUAAAAGAUGGUGGCAUGUAUUUCUACCAAAGAAGCAAACACUUAUUCCUGAUAAUCAUGUCGAUUAUAGCAAAGUAGUAAAUAAAGAUUGUGGCAUAUUAUAUGAGAUACCUAUUUCAACAACUGAACUAUGCAUAACAACAGAAAAUGUAAUGAAUCCAAUUCAAUCAAUGCCUUCAUUAAAGAUAGCUCUAGGUCCAGAGAAUGUUAGUUAUACCACAUUUGUUGAGAAAGGAUGGAAACAAGAAAUGAACAACGAAUUACCAGUAAAUGCAAUAUUAGAUGCUAAAGAUAUCGAAUUAUAUCCUGAAAUAAAAAAUAAUAAUCAAAUGUUCUACAUUGACCACGAGGAGUACGAGUUGAAGCCAAUUCAAAUUAAACUACUUCCACAAUCUAUAACAAUAUUUUGUCCCGAAUCGAAUAGAUAACAUAUGUAUCCAUACCCAUAAUUUAUAAAAAUGAUUCAAAGCUGUUUCGCAUUUAAUAUUCCAUAACAUACGUAAUAAUUUUUAAAUUAUUUAAAAACGAAAAAAAUAGAAAUAAUAAAACAUCUCGUUGAUUAAAGUA